AUGUCAAUCUGGUCUGCUGCUCCCUUUUCGCGGCUGUAUCAGGCAAUUCAGACCGAAGAGCAAGAUGUCAUAGACCAACUUGUACACGAGCUGGGAAAAGAUCUUGGCCAGCUGGUGAUACAUCCAAACAAGGCCAGCAAAAGCAGAUCCAAGCUAGAGUCCAAGCAAGUGACUUUCUCUGAUGGCCUGGAGUACGAAUUGAAUGAGGAGUUUGUUCUUGAAGCUAUUCAGUUGGCUGAAGAUCUUGAUCUGGACGAGCUUGCCGCGGCCGAAACGUUGUUCUAUGCCACCGAGUCUGAACAAUUGGGAGUUUCCACCGCAGAUGCGGCCCGUGCUGCUUUUUACAUACGAAGGCAGUACAUUUUGAUGAUUGUGUCUUAUUUUAUGAACGUUUCGCAAAAUCAGGAUCAAAUAGACUUAAUUCUCGGCACCUCAAACGAGUUUGCCUUGACCAUACUGAACGGCUUCAAAGCCGUUGAGAGGGAUGUCGAUGAGCUAAAAAAUCAGAUUGAGAGAAGGAGGCUUCUGGCUGGAAUUGUUGAUCCUCUAUUCAUGAAGACUAUCUCCUUCAAAAGGGAGUUCUUGUUCAUGGAACACCAGGUUCUGGGCGAGAUCUUAUAUGGUCUGGUGUGUAAGGAAAAGGUAUCGAAGGACCAAUUUUUGGCGUUUUAUGAGUACACAUUUCAAUACGAUCCAGAAGAUUUGUUUGUCAUCAGCAUUAUACCUGCUGCUUUUGCGUUCUGUGCAAAUCUGGCCAAGCUUUCCCAGGCGGAGAUUACCAAUUUGCAUCAGAAGUUUCGCAAAGAUUUAGAAAAUGGAGACUCCACAUCAUCACAUCCAGUCAGUUGCACUAUCAUUAUGGUUUUCCUGGUCUAUUACAUAGCCUGGCUAAAGAAGAGUGAGCCCGAUAUCUCUGAUGCAGAGUUGGAUGAAAGUGUAAUUGCUCCAAUGAAGUCUACCAUUGAGUAUGGUUCCAUGGAGCAAUUCCUCUGUUUGGCUGCCGAAACUUCGGACAUAUCGUUGACUUUGAGUCAUAAAAGAAGUCCGUUUUACGAUUUUAGAGCCCUCCUUCAACAGCAUAUCCCAAGGUUGAUACCUAAGCGUCUCAUGGAUGUUGACGAGGCGGCCACCAAGGAGCUGAAACGGGCUCUUGAUCACCAAAGAUUGAAAAUAGGGGCGUCUACUCUAGAUGAGAAGGAGGUUGACAAGAUCUUUGUUUCUGGCAAUGAGAUUAGUCUUUCAGCAAACUUCGUUGCCCUUUGCAGCAAAACAUUUAGUACGCUCAUCACUGACUUCAUCGCCAAUGCAGCUUUCUUAUUAACGCAGCUUCAGGACUCUGAAGAAGAUAUCAUAGUCUCCAGCGAGUCUUUUUCGCUUGAUGCUAUUUCUGAAAGCGCGGAUCUUGAAAGGUUCUACCUGGCAGCAUUCUAUGUCUAUUCGGACAGGCCGCAACUUGCUUCUCAGUUCUGGGAUGAUAAGAGCUCGAGUUCUUUUGGGUUCCUUCAAUGGGCAGCACAAUGCAACUCCCCCCUCAUCUCAUCAACAUUUAGUGUGCUUUUAUCUGCUCUUUCUUGCAGUGAAGAUAAUGCUAAUGAGGUGUAUAAGUUCCUACAGACCGCCCACUCUGACGGUGCAUUCAACGGUUCGAUGGGUGUUUCUGGCAAUUCAUCCCGUAUCAGUUGGCCUGUGAUAUUGGAGUCUCUUGCAUACUAUAACAAGUCGCUUUCGGAGGUGAGUGUUGAAGAAGACCCUCUAACCGGUGUUUAUCCUAUCGAUUUGCAACCGCUUAGCGGUGUGGUGACUCCCGAAUUGGGCGAUGACUCUGUCCUGUUCAUUGCAGGAUACCUGCAACUCGUCUUUCAAGUAUCUAUCCACAGUACGGCGGCUAGAAACCAGCUGUUUACAGGUGACGCCUCGAGACUUCCAAAGCUUCUGGGUGAAUUCCUAAAGUUCCAAACCAGUUUGGUUGGUGCCACCCUCACUGUUCUUGGAAGUCUUGUUGAGGAUGAAAGAGACAAUAAGCGUUUUGUAUGGAACCUGAUUGAAGACUGGAUCUUUGCACCUCGUCCGGACAGAAGACCUCUGGUCAAUAAGGGCUCAGUGAUUACCAAACAUGUCUAUUACCAGUGCCUCACGAACUUUGCAGAGGUGUCUGGUUUUGCUGACCUGGUCUCGUGCCUAAUGAGCCCAACGCGGCCUGAUCCUUCAAAGCCGUACGAACCAUUGGAAUACACUUUUGAUCUUCAGAUCGGAGGUGACAACAGAAAGCAGGGUGUUUGGACUUAUAUUGACUUUUUGAUGACUGAAGUGUUUACCCAUUCGGAUCCGGAUCAUAUAUCAGAGACUGAGAAGAUCUCACUACAGAUUCCCUUGCUACAAAUCAUGCUAGACUCGCUAGCCUCCUUUGACCCUGAUCUCGUCUUCAAUGCCACUGCCUGUGGGCUUCCCGGUUUGGAUAACAUAGUGGAUGGUAAGAAUUUCGUGGAGUUCAUGCAAUCGUCACCUGCUGGUGCAGUCUUGAACUACCUCUACACACCCAACGUUCAAAAGGUCCUUUUCAAAAUAGCAGGUUUGGGGAUCGAUAGAGUCUUCGAAGGGCCUCAUCACUCUGAUAAGAUCCGCCUGGUAACUUUGGCGAUCAAGCUUAUUGAUGAGGUACUCAGAUUGGAGAGAUUCUACAUUGAUGAACUCUUACCCAUACUGAAACAGGACUCUGUCUACUAUAUACCAUCUGAUGUUGGCACGCACGGGCUUGACUCGUUCUAUGAUGCGCUUGCUCUCCAGCUGCCUCUGGUUGCGGAGAUCUGUCUGUAUGUAGGCACAACGCAUUUGGACUUGGUAUUACCGUGUAUCUCGAUUCUGGCAAAAAUUUCCCUAUCACAGCAAUUUGCAGUACCGGGAAACUCUGGGAAGUAUCCCUUGAUCAAUGAGAGCAGACUGUUGACGAUGCUUGAAACUGUCGAUGAAACUCUCAGGAUCAGACAGGCAUUUAUGGACCAGUUGGAGUCUCCAAUUGAGGACAGUUUGUCAACCUCCGUCAAGGUGGAGCUCUUGCAGUUCCUCAACAACAACUUGUCAACGAAUGGAAUGAGCGUGGCGCAUUUCUUGAUAGGAUUCAACACCAGGGAUGGCGAUUUAGGCUCAGAAGAUGAUGAUGGUACAAUCAAGUCUUCCAGAAGCCUGCUGAAAUCGUUGACAUAUGUUCUAAAAUCCAGUUUGAGCACUUUGAAAAGUGGCUCUGAUAUCAUCUACACUCCCCUGAGAAUCAGCUCCUUGAUCUUGGAAAUCAUUUUGAAGCUGCUGCGUUCACCCAAGUAUGGUAGUUUGGUUCUGGAGGUUUUGAGAGAUGGUGAGAAUCUUUUCAUGGAAAUUGCCAAUCUCGAACCCAAGGUGGAUUUGCAUUCGUAUUGGGGUAACCGCGUUUUCGAAGGGGUCUUGAACGAAAAAAACAGUUUCACAGCCCAUGGAGAAAGUAUUGGCGCUUUGAUUGCGUUCAUUAUUCAACGUGGGUUGAUGCUUCAAUUCUUCGGAAUGGAAUUACACAGUAUGUCUCUUUCUGGUUCGAUGCUGAUCACCAAAGAGUAUGUCGACGCUUUAAUCGACACUAGACAGUUCGUCGCUGGAUCUGCCAAGGUAUUGGAGUUCCUAGACGUGUUGGAGUUUACUUUCGAAAACCAGCUGGAGAAACGUGAUGACCUGUUUGCACAGUAUGAUUUCGACUAUGUUUUCGCCAAGGUCAAGCUGAAUCCCGACGUUUCUGGAAAUGAUCUGCUUUACGACUUUGAGACUGUGCAGAACAUGAUCAGACUGAACGCGAUUGAAAGCCGUGCCUCUGGUGUGAUCACAGAUGCUGAUUACGCUGAAAGUAUCAAAUUCUUUGAUCAUGAGAAGGCCUCUCUGAUUUCGUUUCUGAACAAUCACCUAUGUCUUAGCAACUUCAAACGCCAACAAUUGCAGUGUCUGCAUUCGUGGGUGACGCUAAUUGAGGUCAUUAUCAGUGACGGAAAGCUGGAUAAUAUCACCAGGUCUAACUUCAUCCUGGAAGUAUUCCAAUGCAUUCUGCCCAAGAUCAACGAUUACUUGGAGCUUGAUGGCAACUAUGCCGAGGAAUUGUUGUCCCUUUGUGUUCUUCUGCUCGAAAAAUACGAAAAGGAUAAGGGCACAUUGUUCACUAACCAGCAAAACACAAAUCUCUCAUUGGAUGCAGACAGACUUUAUCCAAUCUUCAAGGUGUGCAUCAAUGGUAUCUUCUCGUCUCAGUCAACCCCCAACAUGAGAUCUGACAUGUACAUUCUGAUCAACAAAUAUCUGACACAUGUGAGCGAGAACAAGGCAGUCACCACGGCCAUCCUAGUUGCAAUCAGGGCCUCGGAUAAGAGAUUGUUAUCUACCAUCUGCAACGAUUCGUUGAUGGGAGAGGGCUCUUCAAGGGUAACGGCGCUGCUGCUACUUGAAAAUUUCGUCAAGGUUUCGUCUAACUUGCCUACUUCACCCCUGGUUUCCAACUUUAUUUUGGACACCAUGAAACGGGAUAAUUAUCUUCUACUGCUGACCCAAACCAUCCGCCGCGCAGAUAGCGUGUUCAAAGCCACUGAGGGUAUCACCCUCGACAUUCUGCUCUACGAAUUGACCAUCUUCAAGACCUCGGCAUAUCUUUUGCUGCGAAUCGCGCAGUCGAACCCUGGCGCAUCCCACCUGAUGCAGUGCGGGGUAUUCAACUACCUGCGGGAUGCGGAGUUCUUGAAAAUUGACCCGGACCUGGGGCUGAAGCUCAGUAUCGGCGAUGGAAGCGACUCUGAAGCAGCUUUCAUUACGUUCUCGCUGGACCCAAGAGGAACGAAGGGCUCAAUCUCCUUCUAUGACGUGCUGAUCCCGGUGUUCCAGCUGGUCAGCGCCAUGAUGAUCUCCCUCGGUCCAAUGAACAAAAUUUGCCAAACCCAGAUCAAAGAAUUGUUGCAGACAUAUUCCGCCCUUGUUGUUGGAAUAUUUAAAAGAGACACAAUUGCCACAGAACAGCAGAACCAGGACCCCCAAUUGAAAGAAUUGACCAAUCUUUUCACCCUAUUGUAUAGUUGUGUGGGGCCCACUUCCCAAUCGGGUAAUGCGGUGGCUUCCUCAAAUAUCGCCCAUUGA